AUGGGAAAUGAUAUGGAUGAGAAAUUUAAGGAAGCCUUUAUUCUUUUCAGUUCCUGCGACGAAUCUAUGCCUUUGUGUCAAUUUUACGAAUUAAUGCAUUCCUUUGGUAUUCUCUUAAACGCUGAAGAGAAGGCGGAAUUGCCAGAAAUCGUUAACAUGGAGUUUUGGUUAAACUUUGCCAGGAAGCACUACAACUAUGAAGAACCCUUUAAGCACAUCUCAAGUUUAAGUGAUAAAAGCUCGAGUGUGCAAAUUAAGAUUAACAAUUUUGUGGAUGCGUUAGACACAAGACUGACGGAUAAGGAUUUAGAGUUGCUACUGGAAAUAGCUAACCCCGACAAAAAGGAUACCAUUGACCUUAACACUAUUUCGAAGAGACUAACAAACGUUGUGUGA